AUGCCGACAUUGAUAUCGGCGUUGAUUGAGCAUUGGAGGCCUGAAACACAUACGUUUCAUUUACCUUGUGGUGAGGUGACGAUAACUUUAGAAGAUGUCGUGUAUCAACUUGGCGUUCCGAUUAAUGGUAUGCCAUUGGUGCUUUGCAACACUUAUAAGGUAAAUGUUCUUAUUUUAAAUUUAUUGGGAAAUAAGGCUCCAUCCGAUGUCAUUGAUAGGUUACAAGUACAGAUGACGUGGUUGGAAAGCGAAUUUAGAGUAGAUGAACAAUCAACGGAGCAAGAGGUAAUAUAUGCAGCUCGAGCAUAUCUUAUGACGUUGAUUGGAGGGAUCUUGUUACCGGAUAAAUCGGGCAAUUUGGUGCAUACCCAAUAUCUUUCGGUAAUGGAGGAUUUCGCUGUAUGUCGCCAAUAUAGUUGGGGUUUUGCAAUUUUGCCAUUUUUGUAUCGUGAACUAUGUAAGACGAAUGUAGUCGUUAGAGGAAAAAAAGCGGAUGUAGCAGCUUGUUUAGUUUUGCUCCAAUCAUGGGCGUGGUAUCGUCUCCCGUUUAUGAUGCCUAUUACAUCCGCUCUUAUAGAGUUUCAUCUCACCGCAAGAUGGCGACACCGAAUAAUCGAUACAAAGUUGUCGGGUGCAACCAAAGUAGAUAUUCGGAUGAGGAUUGAUAUCGCUGGUAGACAUGCAGGCCACGUCCCAGCCGCCGCUGCUUCUAGAAGACCCCAUCUGCCACCUCCAAAUACUUCCAGCCGCCUUGCCGAUGCUGCUGUGCCACGCCUCAAGCCUCACUGCUUUUCAGAAGGCCAGCUGCCCCUCCAUACAACAGGCUCUAUGAGUUUUAGGAGAAAGAAACUAGAUUUGGGUUUAGGGGAAACAGAGGAUCGAUUUAGGCUAUUUUUCCAAACUCCGGCCACCGUGAACAGUGGCCGGCGGCAGGAAUCGGAGCCGGAGCAUGGUGGUCGUCCGGUGGCCUUAUCCCUCCGGUGA